CAAUGCGUGGUGGGACUUUCAAACAUUGGGAUACAUGUUUAGCAAAUGACCUGGUUAGUCAGCACUAGGGGAUCUGCCAAUUUGGGUGCCCAAGCCCCAGGCUAUAUGGGUUGCUCUGCCUGGGUGCAGGAGGGCAGGUUAUCCUAGUGCCCCCUUUGCCCCCAGUAGCACCAGUAUCACGAACUGGCCCCACCCCGGGAGCGGCCACAGCAGCAAAACUCCGCGGUCAAAGAGCAACCGAGGGAGUGCAGGAGCAGCCAUGGAGCGCCUGAGGACCCUGUGGCUCUGCAGCAUCACCAUCCUGCUGGGCACUGCCCUCCUCCUGCCUGCUCCUGGCAGCACCCAGGCUCUGCGCAACGCCAGGAGGAAGGACCCGGCCACGGAGGAGGAUUUGGCCAAGGAAAUCAUCCUGGGUAUUCGCGCUGUGGAGCCACCACAGGAGGCUGAGAUCACCCAAGACGUGGAACAAAGUUCAAAGGUUGUCUCCAACAGCGCCUGGGCUCGCUGGGUCGCCCGCCAAGCCCAGGCAGGACCAGAGCAGGACCAUGACCACCUGCACCACUCCCAGGAUGAUGCUGCAGAGGCUGAUGCCCAAGGGCCACCACUGAUGCUGUCCCUGCAGGUGCAGAAUGGGCCAGAGGAGGACCACGACCAUCUCCACCACCGCUGAGCAGCGGAGACAGGCCCAAGCUGCACAAUGAGGGGUGGGAGCAUCCCUGGGCCUCAUCCCUCCCAACACACCCUUGAGCCCCCCAAUAAACCCA